AUGUUAUCAACUUCAAUUUUAUCAUUAUUAGCUACUUCAACUUUAGCUUAUGCCGCAAAUAAUGUUGCCCUUUACUGGGGUCAAAAUGGUGCCCUUGGUCAAGAAAGAUUAUCUCAUUAUUGUGACAACUCAGAUGCUGAUAUUGUUUUAUUAUCAUUUUUAAAUGAUUUCCCAGAUCCAACAAAUGUAAAUUUUGCAAAUCAAUGUGGUGAUACUUAUCCAUCAGGUUUAUUACAUUGUCAAGCUAUUGGUGAAGAUAUUAAAACUUGUCAAUCACAAGGUAAAAAAGUCUUAUUAUCAUUAGGUGGAGCAGCUGGUAAUUAUGGAUUUUCAAGUGCUGCAGAAGCAACUGCAUAUGCUGAUACUUUAUGGAACAAAUUUGGUAAUGGACAAGGAGAUAAUGAAAGACCUUUUGAUGAUGCUAUUGUUGAUGGGUUUGAUUUCGAUAUUGAAUUAGGUUCAAAUACUGGUUAUCCAGAAUUAGCAACUGCUUUAAAAUCAAAAUUCGAUAGUUCAAAACAAUAUUACUUAUCAGCUUCACCACAAUGUGUUUAUCCAGAUGCUAAAGUUGGUGAAUUAUUAGAAAAAGUUCCAUUAGAUUAUGCUUUCAUUCAAUUCUAUAAUAAUUAUUGUUCAAUUGAUGGUACUUUCAACUAUAAAACUUGGUCACAAUUUGCUGAUUCAGCUCCAAACUCAAACAUUGAAUUAUUUGUAGGUGUACCAGCUACUGAUAAUAUUAAUGGUUAUGUUUCUUCAGAAGAUUUAGCUAAAGCUAUUGAUGAAAUUAAAUGUGACAAACAUUUCGGUGGUGUUUCUUUAUGGGAUGCUUCAGGUGCUUUCGCUAAUGUUAAUGGUGAUGGUGAAAAUUAUUUACAACAAGUUAGACAAGUAUUAAAUGAAAAAACUUGUUCUGAACCUGUUGAAACUGAAACUGAAACUGCUGCUGAAUCAUCAACUACUUCAAAUGAACCAGCUUCUGAAUCAACUACUGUUAAUGAAACUGCCGCUGAAUCAUCAACUACUUCAAACAAACCUGUAUCUGCAUCUACUACUACUACCUCAAAAGUCUCAUCAUCAUCAGUUGUCACUCUUUCUUCAUUUUCAUCAACUGGUUACCAAAACACCACAACUAAAGCCUUGUCAUCAUCAUCAAUUGCCGGUGGCUCAGUCUCAAUUACCUCUUCAGGUGUUAUCACUACUGGUGCUGCUGGUUCAUCAUCUUCUUCUUCACAAGGUUCAAACGGUAGUGGAUCAAACUCACAAGGUUCAAAUGGUAGUGGAUCAAACUCAAAUGGUCAAGUCUUAUCAACAGUUACCGAUAUUAAACACACAUUAGUUACAAUUACUUCAUGUUCAGAAAAUAAAUGUUCAAAAGUUGCUGUUGAAACUGGUGUAAUUGUUAUUUCAGAUGUUCACACUGUUUAUACUACUUAUUGUCCUUUAACUGCUUCAGAAGUUGUUGUACCAGUUUAUCCAAAAUCAGAAUCUCCAAUCAUUAGUAUCCCAUCAGAAACUAAACCAGGUGUUAUUGCUUCAGAAACUAAACCAGGUGUUAUUGCCUCAGAAACUAACAAAGUUGUUGCUCCAUCAUCAUCAUCACCAGUAGAAUCUAACCCAACCGUUGCUGCUCAAUCAUCAUCAGCUCCAGUUGUUAAUGGUAACACCGCUGCUCCAUCAGUUACUGUUGCUACUUCCGUUUCAAAAGCUACAAUUGAAGGAGAAACUGAAACUUAUACUGUUGAACUUACAUCUACUAUUAUUCCACAACCAAUUCCACAAGCUUCAAGUUCAUUAGCUGGUAAUGGUAACAAUGGUACUGUCCCAGUAUUUGAAGGUUCUGCUAAUAAUGUUUUUGUAACAGUUCCAUUAUUUUUAAUUGGUGCUGCUGUGGCAUUAUUCUAA